AUGGCAUGCAAGUUAACCGGGUUCGCCGUAGGAUUCACAUUGCAAGACGAAGCCCGCAGCACCGCUCAUCACUCGUCACCCUGGAGCAGUGAUUCCAAACUACGCCAUAGGCCGGUUGCCUUUAUCAAUACUGGUGCCGCAGAGCCUCUGAAACAACUAGAGAGCAUCUUGAAGGUUGGCGAGGGAGACUCUACAAGCAGACCUCAAGCGGAAACCGAAGAACAAGAUAUCAUCCGCGGCCAAGCUGCUGCCGACACACCUUCCAACGAACCUCAACCUGCUUUUCCGCUUGAUGAAGCCCACACCCACGAGGCGACGCCGAUCGAUAUUGCCGUCGGAAUGCCGGAUACCUCUCUGGAGCCACGCGAGGCAGAGAGGGCCACGAUCUCCGGAGUGGAAGACAUCACUGGCGCUGAGGCUCCCGUCACUCAAGACACAGCAUCACCUCUUCCCUUCUUCUUCGACGUCGUGGGAGAGAGUCAACGGCUUGACACAUUUAUAGAUCGAACCCUGACUCGUUCUCCGUCGCCUACGCCGUCCAAUUCUAGCGAAGAGGUCAUUCUGUUCAAAGGUCGCAACAAGGCUCCCAGAGACAGACAAAGUUCGAAAUUCAAGACCAAAUCGAAGUUGAAGACUUUCAACCUGGGCGGCAUCUCUACCGAGAUCAACGUCCUAGAGAAGACCGUCAAAUCGAAGAAAGACAGCAGCAGCAAUGGGCCUGUGAAGACUGCGGGGAGCUCUACACAGAAACCUUGUCGAAAUGUCGCCAAAGACUUGAAGCGACAGGAGGAUGAUGACUUGGUUGCUGACUAUAUUGCCAACAUGAGGGAGUUUGGCGAAGACGAAGCCCUGGUGCCUGCGAAAGCCUAUUCUCGCCGUGACAUAGGCGGCUCUUUGAGUGAGUCUGAAGGCAUCGAUGACUCAUUCCAGACCGUCGUAGCCAUGAGCAAGACAGAGGAGUUAGCAGGCGUCAACAGUGAAUCGGAACAUACGACAGCAGGGUUUGGAAGAGUGCCUGAGGAAAGCGACAAAGAUCCUGUCCAUACUGCACAGAGGCGAUCUGAAAGGGGCAAAAUCAUACAAGAUGAUCAUGCACUGAUGGGAAUUUUUGAGACCGAUGUCUCCUACCUGGCAUCACUCGAGCAAUCUCAUGCUGAAGACGCAUCGCCGCCUUCGGAUUCAAGUGACCAAGACGACGACGAUAUCUUCAGAUCAGCAGCAGACAGAUUUGCGAAUGAGAUCGACGAUUUCGAUUUCAUGGACUGGAACCGCCCGGCGUUGAAGUCUAAGAAGGGCAAGGGUGCCAGAGGCAAGGUUCCCGUGUUUGACAUUUCGGACUCAGAGCUAGAGGGCAGGAUGCAAGCUGCGUGGAAUAAUGAUCGCUUGAAAAAGGCCGAGAGGAAAAAAGAACGCCAGGCCAUGCGUAGUAUGGGAUUGUUGGGUAAACAUGCCAACCCGGAAGAUCUCAGAGUCAAAUACCCGCACGGGAUGGGGCUUGAACAAAUCGCCGAUGAGCUGAGAACAUUCCUCUUGGGCACGCAACCUAGUCUCACUCUACCGCCCAUGGACAAUCAUGCUCGCAAGGUGAUCCACGAACUAGCCAGCAAAUUCAACAUCAAGUCCAAGUCCACUGGAUCAGGUGACCAAAGGCGACCCAUGCUCCACCGCACUUUCAGGACCGCCAAAUUUGCCGAUGAGGUCUUUGAUGUAGCCAUUGCCCGGGUCGGCCGCAAAUACUUCCCCCGCAACGAUACAGCAGUGCGAGCCGCUGUUCAAAGGCAAUCGGCUCGUAGGGGAGGUGGUGGUGGGCACGCGGGAGUCGCUUAUCGGGAUGGCGAGGUCGUCGGGGGCUCCGCGCCUGAGUUGAGCCAAGAAAAUAAAGGACGCGCAAUGCUGGAGAAAAUGGGCUGGAGCAGUGGUACGGCAUUGGGCGCGAUGAACAACAAAGGCAUUCUGCAGCCUGUCGCCCAUGUUGUCAAGCGUAGCAAGGCCGGGCUGGGAUAA